CAGCAAGGAGCAAAACACAACAGGAUAAAAAAAUUCAGGAUUAAUUGUUAUUUUUGAGGUCAUAUAUUGGAUUACAUUUUUUCUACAAAAUUACAAAAGGUAGUGGCAUGCUGCUUUGCUGUCUCCAGGCAGAUUUUAUGGACCAAGGCAUUUCAUCAGGAAAACACCUCCAAACAAGAAGUUUACCUGUGAAAGAGACUUGAAGAUUCUCCUCAUCAAUAUCGCUCACUGACAGAGUUGCUCAGCAGGCUGAUCCUUGUUGUUCUACUGUUGAAUUGAUUGUCUUGAACUCAAGCAACACAUCUCCGGCGCAGCUAUGGUUGGAAUAAAACCCACAGACCUGGCGCCAACGACGGCUGUCAAGUUUGUUGGUGCAGGCACAGCAGCCUGCAUCGCUGACCUUGUGACCUUCCCCUUGGAUACUGCCAAAGUCAGACUACAGAUUCAAGGGGAGGCUCAGUUGGGGCAUGGGGCCCAGGCUGUGCGGUAUCGGGGCGUGUUUGGUACCAUCACCACAAUGGUGCGUACGGAGGGGGCCAGGAGCCUCUACAGCGGGCUGGUGGCAGGGCUCCAGAGGCAGAUGAGCUUCGCCUCUGUCCGUAUCGGCCUCUAUGACUCCAUGAAGCAGUUCUACACUCAUGGCUCUGACAGUGCUAGCAUCGUUACUCGGCUCAUGGCAGGCUGCACCACCGGAGCAAUGGCUGUGAUGUUUGCUCAGCCCACAGACGUGGUCAAGGUGCGUUUCCAGGCUCAAGUACGUCUGGCUGACGGGGUGAAGAGAUACAACGGUACUAUGGACGCUUAUCGGACCAUCGCCCGAGAUGAAGGGGUGCGGGGCCUUUGGAAAGGCUGCAUGCCGAAUAUAACUCGCAAUGCCAUUGUGAAUUGUUGCGAGCUGGUCACCUACGACAUCAUCAAGGAACUUAUAUUGAAGUAUGACCUAAUGACAGAUAACCUUCCAUGCCACUUCACGGCUGCGCUCGGUGCAGGGUUCUGUACCACCAUUGUUGCAUCACCAGUAGAUGUGGUUAAGACCAGAUUCAUGAAUUCAACGUCAGGCCAGUACAGCAGCGCAAUGAACUGUGCCUACACUAUGCUGACUAAGGAGGGGCCAACAGCCUUCUACAAGGGGUUUGUGCCCUCCUUCCUGCGACUGGCGUCCUGGAACAUUGUGAUGUUUGUGUCUUAUGAGCAGAUCAAGAGGGCUAUGAUGAGAACAAAGACCUCCUGGGAGUCACCAUUCUGAUUUUUUGUUAUUUUUCUAAUGUUUCUCUGGACUGAGCCUUGCAGGCAUGAAGGCUUCACCACAGCACAGUGGAAAUCACGCCUGUACUCCCCCAUUGUUCCAUGAAAUGGAUUUCUGGAGUGGGCUUCUAACAGUGGUGACAUAUAUUCAUUCACAGGAGGUAUGUGGCACCUUAAUUGGGGAGGACAGGCUCCUGGUAAUGGCUGGAGCGGAAUGGUAUCAAAUACAUCUAACACAUG